CUAUUUAUGUCCGCCAUUCAUUCUUUUGAGUUGCUUUUUCGUUUUACGAUUCCGUAGAGAGCACGAUUUGUCAUCGAGAUCUACGCAACACCAUUGCUUGGAAUUAAUUACGUAGAAGCAAAGAAAACAAGUGAGGUUUCGCAUCCACGUAUCACCAAGACCAACAAAGUUUAGUGAAAUAUUCUCUUCUGACACUAGAUCAUAUCUUUCUACCAGUGAUGCUUCUCCUUGCCUUAUACGUUGUUGGAUGCGACGUUAACUCGAGUGCCUGAUGGUGUGGGAAUUAUGUGCGAGUAAAGGAACAACAAAGUCGGACUCAGAAUGGGAGCCUUUUUGAACAAACCUGAAACUAAGAAAUACAACGAGAACGGCGAAGGUAACGGUCUACGAUAUGGCGUGGCGUCAAUGCAGGGUUGGCGCGUGGAGAUGGAAGAUGCCCACCAUGCUCAGCUCACUUUAAACGGUACGCUGUCCGAUUGGUCUUACUUUGCGGUAUUCGACGGACACGCAGGAGCGCGGGUAUCGGCGCAUUGCGCGGACAAUCUAUUAGAAUGUAUCUUACAAACGGACGAGUUUCGGCGGGAGGAAAUAGCCGAGGCGAUACGAGCUGGCUUCUUGGACCUGGAUAAAAAGAUGCGAGAGUUGCCGGAGCUGUCCAACGGCGGAGAAAAGUCGGGUUCCACGGCGGUUUGCGCUUUCGUAUCACCUAAGCAGAUAUACAUUGCUAACUGCGGUGACUCUCGUGCAGUGCUGGCUCGGAAUGGAGCACCGAUAUUUGCGACGCGCGACCAUAAGCCAGAGUUGCCGUCAGAAAAGUCACGUAUAGUGCAAGCCGGUGGGUCUGUUAUGAUACAGCGCGUGAAUGGGAGUUUAGCGGUGUCACGGGCACUGGGUGACUACGAGUAUAAGAAGGUGCUAAACCGUGGUCCCUGCGAGCAGUUGGUGUCACCGGAGCCUGAGGUGUCGGUGCAUGAGCGGUCGGAGUCUGAGGAUGAGUUCCUGGUGCUGGCCUGCGAUGGGGUGUGGGAUGUGAUGACCAACGAGGCACUCUGCGCGUAUGUUCACUCUCUGCUGCAGCUGACAGAUGACCUAGUUACUAUAACCAACCAAGUUAUAGAUACUUGUCUCUACAAGGGCAGUAAAGAUAAUAUGAGCAUCGUAUUGGUGGUGUUCCCCGCGGCGCCGAAGCCGAGCCCAGAGGCGCAGCGUGCUGACCGCGACCUGGAUGAGACGCUCCGGCAGCGGCUGACAGCACUGAUCGAGCGCAACGCCAACCGUGAGGACCGCGACGAGAUGACAUGCCACUUCUCGUCCGUGCUGAAGCAGCUGGUGGAGGAGGAUAUACCCGGACUGCCGCCUGGCGGAGGACUCGCUGCCAAGCAAGCGCUCCUGGAUAAGAUCUACAGGGAGUAUUAUCCGGAGCACGCGGAUAGCUCCGACACCUUCGACUGCCAGACGGAGCUGGCGGACGCAUUUGGUGCCAACUGAACGCCUCAGCCCUUACCGCCCUCACUAGUGCCCCACCCAAUAGUGCUCCGUUCAACUCUAGUGUCCCAUCCAACUCUAGUGCCCCACUCAAAUAGUGCUCUACUCAGCAGUAUUGCAGCUAAACUAUUGGUGUCCCAAUAGUUCACACUAAGUUGCUGGUGCCCCAUACACUAUUCACAGCAGUAGUUACUACUGCUCGUGCAGUAGGGAUGCACUAGUAAUGCCCAGUGUAACAAACAUUAGUGUUGUACCGUGUAUCGAUAAUUUAUCGAUACCUGCAUAAACACACCUAUUGGGUCAUUACUGUUCUAUACCAGUCUAACGCCAAAUAUUGCAAGAGUACCAUCCCGAACUCUCGUACACAAAUCAAGCUCCAAAACAAAAUUAAAUGCGUAUUUCUGUUAAAAUAUUUUUCUACAAAUUUCGAUGAUAAAACAUUAUUAAAGAAGGGCUCUCUACAAAACAGAUACAUGAACUGCAUAAAGGAUAAAAGUAAAUGUAAAUUAUAUGUUGGGCACUAGGGGGCGCGUUUCAUUUAGUUGAAAGUAAAUGAAGAAUUAAAUGGAAUUCCAAGUACCUGUCUAUAUCAAUUCUGUCAACUCUCUAAUUGUAUAUAAAUACUAAGCAUACGGGAUUCUGUUUCUUUCUUACUUUAAACAAAAAUUUGUACGACAUCGUUGUGACAGGAGGGAACCGAAUAAUAGGGUUGAAAUUGUCUCUGGUUUUAAGUGUUACAUGCAUAUAAGAUAAAAUUUCAUUUAUUUAAUAAAGUAAUGUCACUUUAAUUAUUUAUUCAAUGUAAGAAUGUUUAGUCAUUUAUUCAUUUUAAGAUUUAAAGGAUACGAUUAUAAUGUAAGCACCUCUCCUGUCGUAACGAUGUAUUUUUAAGCAUAUCUUAAUGUCACUUGGACUACGUCGAUUGUCGUUGGUUUCGGUCCUAAGCUUUGUACAAAAAGAAAUGAGAACGCUUUACGUGUCACUUAGCCUGUCUGUAGAAAAAAAUGUUGUCUAUGGUAGGCUAAUCUAUGGCGGCGAUCCAUAGACGAAGUCGCAACUCAGCCGUUGGACAAGUGUAAGUUUGUAAUACUCCACCCGCUGCCUUGAUUUUGUUUUACCUUAAGUAUUUUUUGUGUACGUCCAUUUUGUUUUUCUCGACGGCCAUUCCAGUGCAGCGUUGGCAGCCAUAGACACGUUGCGUGGCACAAAUCUCUGUUAACGCCAAUCGUUUACCAAAUUGAGUUUAUAGUUUAAUAAUAAAUGUAUGCAGCGCACGGAUUUCCCUUUAAUUUGGUCGCCUUACAUGUCAUUUAGUAGACUAGUUUUUCUUUAUGUUUUCUUUUCUGUUAUGUCAUUGACUUCGUUCGUAAAUGUCAUAAUAUUAGAUGUGUAAUAUAGAUUCGAGUAAAAUAUAUAUUGAAAAAAACAAACAGAAUUGUCUUGACAUGAUUUUUUGUAACCCUUUGUGUUGUCUAUGCCCGCCGAUGACAUCUGUGGACGAUACUUCGGUGUGGGUAUGCUUUAAUGAUAUAUUUUUUACACAAGUUGUAACAUAACUAAAGCACAUGUUUAUCCAGGCCAGUCGCAACCUAGAUUUAUUUAUUUUUAUCUCUCAGUUCUAAAUCUCUAAGCUCUAGUAAGAAAAUUCAGUUGGCUUAAGAUUUUUUCUAAGCUCUUGAACAUGGCGUCUACAUGUCUUGAUGUUUUUGUCCAAAAUACGCCGAAAAUAAUCAGAAAACUAUUUUCAAUAGCAAUGUUCGAAGUCUAUGCUUUUGCAAUAAAAGUAUAACUUUAUCAAAACUAUGUUGUUCAUAGUAUAACGCAUUGCUAGAGUUACAACAGACAUUAAAAACAUACGCCAAAUUUGACACCUGUCAUAUUUCCCGCCAUUUUCUCCAAGUUUACUAAACUCAUCUGUACAUAGUUUUUUAAAAAUUGGCCGUAGUCGGUGUAAAAGUUGUAAUCUAUGAAAAGAAAUGUUUAGAUGUUUUCUUUAAAUAAAUUGAAAAUAAGAAAAAAGAAAGGUGUUUGUUAAAGAGCUAUUGGGGUUUAUAAAGUGAAUCAUACGUUUGAAUAGAUUUGGGUUUUAAUUUUUAGUUUUUCAACAAUGCGCUUCAAAAUUGCUUGAUACUUAGUAAAUAACCUAAUAAUUUUGUUUGCUCUUGGAAUUGCCUUGGAUUGAUUUGGAUUGAUUUUUUUGGACCUGUUACCGAAUUAAAAAUUAACCGAACGUUAAGCGUAGUUAUACAGAUUAAAAUUCGACUUUAUUUCUUUCCUGUUAAAGGCAACAUUUCAAUGUCUUCAGCGGUUAGCGGGAAAUUUUAAAGUCUAACAUCGUGUACACACUGACAUGAAAAUACUUUGUACCUGGAUGAAUGGAUCAUAGGAGAUUUACGUGAAAUAUUCUUCAAUAUAAAUAAAGAUUUAUAGGGUCUCGAUGAUUUAUUUUCAUAGCACGUAUUGCCUAAAUAAUUUCUCAUUAUCACUCGUGUGGUUAAAUACAUAAAGUAUAGAAUUCAUUACCUAAUUUCAGUUAAUUUAAUUAUUGUUAAUGAUUUUUAGCUAACAGUAAAUCUCCAAAAUGUAUACGUUUCUUCCUUUUUGUAUUAAAUAUUCCGAUUUAAUUACCAUAGAUUUAUCAUAAUGGCAACAAAAUUGUCGUUUAUCUUUGUUGUUUAAUUUUCCCCACUUUCUGUAAAGUUUUGUUGUUUUUUUGAAUUACACCAAAUAUACAGAGACGGUUUGAAAUUUUGUUUGUUGGAUCUGUACGAAAAAAGAAUAGGUUUUACGUGUCUGUUUUUUUUUUACUUUAGAUAAUUUUGCUUUCAGAACGUGUCAAUAUUGUGUCGUGCUAUAUCUAGACGCUUGAACAAUAAAUACCUGUACGUACCUUGGAAAUAUUA